GCUCUAGCCUAGCAUCGAGCUCUUUGCCGACAUGCCCGACAAUCCGCCCUCUCUUUCUCUCUUCCACCAUCGCUCUGCCCGGUCUGCGGGGAGGACUGUGUAUCGAUAGUACCCUCGCUCUUCCUGGUCGCUCGACGCGCAGUGAAGUUGCAGCAAUGGUCCUCCGGCUAAACGCCCCGCGGCUCCGUAUCGGCUCGUACAUUGUUCUCUGGGUGUUCUCGUUCAUCCUGUUCUGCCUAUGCGCGGCCAGGCUGCACUACACCACGAACUUGCCCAAGGGCGAUACCCUGAACGGCGGGCGGGACUUCUUCGACAGCGUCGUCGUGGAGAUGCUCGUCUGCACGCUGCUUGCGUUCGGAUUUAUUCCCUUCGUGCUCAACUUGAUCGAUGCCUCGCGCUGGUUCGACCACCCGCUCGCCACGCCCGUCAACAUCGAGGCCGCUGCACUCUCCAUCCUCAACCUCAUGUGGUUCGUUGGUGCUGCCAUCACUAGCAGCACCUUUGGCGACCUCACCUGGUGCGACCCGCUGUACGAAGCCUGCCGGGUCCUCACCGCACUCCAGGCGUUCGCCUGGCUCUCUUGGGUUGUGCUCUUCGCACUCCUCGCACUCGCCUUCGUCGGCCUCUUACGCGCCUCGCGCGCUGGCGCGCCGCACCGGAUGUCCGACAACGUCGACAAGUCGCUCCCUGCGGAGCCUAAGGGGCCUGAGUUCAUCUCAGUCGUCUAACCUUGGGCAUUGUUCUUCUGUUCUGCCGUGUUAUUCUGUAUUGCCUUCUUUCAUUCUCUCUGUCAGUCGCUUCUCGGCUCGGGCCGCUUUACGCAUUGCAUGUUCACGAGGUCGCGAAGAUCUCUACAGCUGUCGCAUCUGCUUGUAUUAUGUUAUCGAGAUCUUCCUCGAGAUACAA